UAAUAGUGAAUUUUUAUUUUAAUACAUUUUGUAAAUAGUAGAACAUUUUUGAGCUAGGUUUUUUAUGAGCAACAAAGAAACAGCAAAAGUCAUUGAUUUAAUAAAAGCAAAACUGUUCGCAAAUCUGGCAUCGAUGAAGUUACGAGUUACAUUAUGUGAACUUUGUUAUCAAGUUCAUAUUCCAAUACGAUACACUAAACACUGUCUUCUAAAUCGAGUUCCGCACAAAAAUACUUAAAUAUGCGUAAAUUCGCCAAAUACUGGAGAGAUUCAGCUAGUUUAAUGAUUCUGGCUCGGGAUAGUGUUAAGCAAACCGGUAAAAACAGCUACAAUUACAAGGUGCUAGUAUUUAAGCGAACUGAGAAAACGUCAUUUAUGCCCAACAGUAUCGUUUUCCCCGGAGGAGCUGUUGAUAAGCAGGACGAAAGUCUUCAAUGGAAUGGUCUUUUUGCGCGGCUGGGAGGUAAAAGCCACUUAGAGCAAUUGGAAAAUCUAACUAAAAUUGAAGGCCCACGUCCUUUUAUAUUCGAAAACAGCAGCAGCGAUACUUUAGAUAGAAACAUUUCACUUCGUCUAACUGCCCUGAGAGAAGCAUUCGAAGAGUUAGGCGUACUUUUCGGACACACGAAGGAGCGGUCCGGAGUAAGUGCUGACGGCUACAGCAACGCAAUAAAAAACUUCGAUGUUUCGACAUGGCAAAAAUCUGUACAUGAUGGGGAGGAAUCGUUUGCUGAACUUUGCGAGAAACUAAGCAUAGCUCCUGAUCUACUGAACAUUUACGAAUGGUCGACUUGGCUGACUCCAGCGAUGUUUCGAAAGCGACGAUUCGAAACCGUUUUCUAUCUUGUCGCCUUGAAUGAGAUGCCAGAAGUUUGGUCAGAGCCUCAUGAAGUGGCCGAAUAUGUCUGGGACACACCGUCAGGUUUGCUACAAGCACACAAGGAUGAGAAGCUUUGGUUGGCUCCACCGCAGCACUACGAACUGACACGACUGAGUCAUCUGCACGAUAUUGAUGAAAUAGUACGCUUUUCCAAAGCUCGUAGCAGCAGCGGAAGCACUCUGUUCUGUCCGGUUCAGUACAUAUGCUCCGAUGCAGCUGUGUUCGUUUUACCGGGAGAUGACUUGUACCCCGAAAAUUACGAUUACAUAACGCCACAUAAUGCAGAUUUGGAAAAAUUCAAGGAUUCGACAGCGGAACAAUUUCGUAGCCAAGUGAAGAACUUGCACAGGUGCGAGCAUAGGGGUUUGAACUCGCAAACUUAUUAUGCAAAUAUUUCGCCAUUUAAUGCACAUUUGAGCAUACACGGAGACAACAAGCAUUUGUCCAAACUAUAGGAAAUACAUCGUUGCAGCAUUAAUGGGAUAGGGCUUCCAAAGAGGAAACGGGAAACAGAGGAUUAGUAUUUUCAAAAGAGAGGCUCGAUUAAAAAUAAAGGAGAGUUUCAAGCAA